AUGUCAGCUGGCGGAAACUCAGCGUUUCAUCUUAAUUUGCAGGUUGUGAGGUAGACUAAUUGUUAUGUGGUCGGGCAGGGCUUUCAGAUGCGGGAUUCAUUCGCUUUAUGACACCUUCUAGAAACGCUUGAUCUGCUGAGAAGACUUGCUUGCUCAUUAUUCACCCUCUGAUGCCAUGGACAACUGAAGUUUCACAUGCUUCCUGUGUCUUCUCUUUGGCUUUUCAGCUUCAGCGUUGAGAUGUCAAACUAUAGAUCUUUUGCUUAGCCCUUCUUUGGCUUAGGGAAACUAACCGUAUUCCAAGUAGGGGCAAUCUAAAGUCUAGCUGGUGAAGUACAAGAAAAUGGCCUUAUCCCUGAGGCCAUUUUUAUGUAUCUCAGAGUUUCAUCACUUUCUAUUAAAUUACAAAAUAUCGAGAGAAACACCGAUUUUUGCUUUAAAAUAUAAAACAAAAGCUGCAGAAUACUAUAGAGCAAUGCUAGAUGCUCUAUCAGAAAAUUUGCAAUAUGAUGUUGACUUUCCAUCAGUUGAGCUUGGAAUUCAAUGAUUAUAGAAAUUUUUUAGAAAUUAUUUGUUAAAAAAAAAUUUAUUAUAUUAAGUAUAUGUAGAGAUAUUUUUUCCUGUGCAGGAAACCAAAUCCCCAGCACCCCGAUUUUGUAAUGCCCCCAACUCUUAUAGAAGCCAUGGAGCCUGGCCUCGUUGGACUAACGACAGGAUACAAAGCGACUUAGCGAAAGAAAGGCGAAGAUAUCAGGCGUGCUUUUAGAAGCGACUGAGUUGCUGGAGCCCUAUACUAACAGUUAAUCUAAUAUAAGUUUAUGCUUAUUCAACUUAUAAAUGAGAAUAGUCCAUCAUAUUCUCCUAAUACUGAAAUGCUAGCUCCCCAGGAGUAUUCAGAAAUUCCUAUACAACCUCCUCUAGCUGAAAAUAUAGGAAAUGUCCAAGUUCCUCCAAUAGAAAAUGAAGAGAGGCCAAAAGGAUGGAAAUCAUGAAUUAAAGCUAAAUAUACAAACUCAGUUCAAUUUGGAGAUAAAGUUUUUGAUAAGUUUAAUAAUUUUGUGAGCACCAAUCCUACUAUGAAAAAGCUUGAUGAGCAGGGAACAAAAGCUGCUAAUAAAAUUAAUGAAGAAGUCAAAAAAUUUUCACAGCAUCCUCAUGUUCAAUAUGUUGAAAAUAUAGCCAAAAAUACUACUAAUCAUCUUACUGAAGAGGCUAAAAGUUCUUAUAUAAAAUGUCUGAAAUUUUGCAAAUAAUCACAUUUUCUAAAAUUUUAGCUGUUAAAUUUAUUUUUAAAUUAAUUGUUAUUAUGAUUUUUUUAAAUCUGUUUAAUAAAUGCUUAUAUAAAAAAAUAUUGGGUAAAUUAUAAUUAUUUGAAUCCUAAAGCUCAAAAAGUGAGAAAUGCUGCAAAUAACUUUUUCAUACUCCCCCUCUCCUUUGUGAGCAAGUAAAGCCGUUGGAAAGAUCUUUAUUUUAAAAAAAAAAAAUAAGUGAGCAAAAAUUUGUUUUAAAAUAUAUAUUUAUAUAUAUUAUAAUGAAAUCUCUAGACAGUUCUAUUCAAUUUAAGCAGCUUGCAUUUUAAAAUAAAUUUAACAAAUUAAAUUAAUUGUAUUGAAAAUUUGCUUUUUUUUUUAAUUUAAAAAAAAUAUGUAAAAAAUUACACAUCUUUGUGAGCGAAAUUUUUUGCUGGUUCAAGGAGAGGACGAAGCUAGGAAUAGAAAGCAAAACAAAAAAUUUAUCAUCAGCAGCUAUGAAUUAUAUCAAAAAUAAAAGAAACCAAGGCCCAAAAAUUGAUGGCGAGGUCGAACAUCCUCUACUACAAAAUGAGAAUCCUGUCAAUUAA